GGCAGCGAGGAAGAGGAAGACGAUGGGUCCCGGCGGCAGGUGCAGCUGGGGUCUGGCGGCCCUGGCCUGGCUCUGGGGCGCAUCGGCGGCUGCAUCGGCCGAAGUGCGAGAGGAUCCUGCCCACCUGUUUUCCGAAGUCUACCUGUGCCAGCAGGAUUCCCCGCUUCCUGAGAUGGUCCAAACUCUGGACAACGAAGAGCUAUUCUGGUUCAACUCCUCGGAGUCCGCCUGGCACGCCCGCCUCCGUGAUUUCCAGCCAGGGGUGCAGAACCGGACACCCCAAGGUUACAUCCGGCGGCUGAACCAGCUCUGCAAUGAUGUGCUGAGCAACUUUUCGUACUAUUUCGCAAUUAUGCCGGAAGCGAAAGGUGUUGCUCAGGUGGAGGUAAUCCCCCUGCUGCCGCUGCAGCUGGGCCAGCCCAACACCCUCGUCUGCUCAGUGACCAACCUCUUCCCUCCUGCGGCCGAGGUCACUUGGACGCGCCAAGGUCAGCCCGUGACCCAGGGGGUCUCCACCCCUCCGGCAAUUCCUGUGCAGGACCUGGACUUCAGGCUCUUCUCCUAUUUGGAGGUGACCCCCCAGGAAGGAGACAUCUACAGCUGCGACGUCAAGAGUCCCCGCGACACCUUCAGCAUCCAGGCAUUCUGGGUCCCCCAAGAUCCCGUCCCCUCGGAGCUCCUGGAGAACAUCCUGUGUGGCGCGGCGUUUGGGGUCGGCACGCUCUUUGCCAUCGCGGGGGUGGUCUUGGUGGCAGUAUCCUGCAAGUGCAGCAGCACAGAAUGA